CUUCACCUCUCUGUGUCUCGGGUUUUCCUCGCUGUACCAUGAGCCCUGCCCCUCUCGAGGAAUUGUUGUGAAGAUGGGAUGAGGUUGGUUGGCCAGGUAAGUGCUAACAGUUGUUUGCCAAGCUAAAUAAAUGUAGGACGCUGAGCGGACUGAGCCGGAAAGAGCCGAGCCCAGCAGGACCGUGUCCCCCCUCCUCCAGGCAGCCUUCCGGGCCAGCGUCCUGGCAGCGCCCAGGGGAGAGGGAGGGGCUCCGGGCUCACCUGGCUCCAGCUUCUCAGCCAGCCCGCCUCCCUCGGGCUCCGGGUAGAUCCUGGGCGGGUUUUCCGCCACAGGUGCUGGAAGGUUUCGGGAGAUUCUGAUUGAGAAGUCAACCCGAGGGAACGGAACGCACUGAGCUGCUCGCCGAGCCACUUUGUCGUCCAGCCAGAACCAGCCAUGCUCAGCACACAGGCACCUUUCUUCUUCCCCAAGGCCCCCUUCAUCUUCUUUGUCUUCACGGCUUCCACCGUAUUUCACCUUCAGCAGAGGCUAGCGAAGAUUCAGCCCACAUGGGAGUUACAGACGCCGAAGCCAGCAGCCAAGGAAUCUCCCUCGAGCCCCCAGUGGAGCCCCCAGCUGAAGGGCAUGUGGACAAUCAAUGCCAUAGGCCGCCUGGGGAACCAGAUGGGCGAGUACGCCACCCUGUACGCCCUGGCCAGGAUGAACGGGCGGCCGGCCUUCAUUCCACCCCAGAUGCACAGCACGCUGGCCCCCAUCUUCAGAAUCACCCUCCCCGUCCUGCACGACACCACGGCCAGCAGGAUCCCCUGGCAGAACUACCCCCUGAACGACUGGAUGGAGGACCGGUACCGACACAUCCCGGGCGAGUACGUGCGCCUCACCGGCUACCCCUGCUCUUGGACCUUCUACCACCACCUCCGCGCCGAGAUCCUCCAGGAGUUCACCCUGCACGACCACGUGCGCGAGGAGGCCCAGAAUUUCCUGCGGGGUCUGCAGGUGAAUGGGAGCCGGCCGAGCACCUACGUAGGGGUCCACGUGCGCCGGGGGGACUACGUCCACGUUAUGCCCAACGUGUGGAAGGGCGUGGUGGCCGACCGGCGAUACCUGGAGCAGGCCCUGGACUGGUUCCGGGCUCGCUACCGCUCCCCCGUCUUCGUGGUCACCAGCAACGGCAUGGCGUGGUGCCGGGAAAACAUCGAGGCCUCCCGCGGGGAUGUGGUCUUCGCCGGCAAUGGCAUUGAGGGCUCACCCGCCAAGGAUUUUGCAUUGCUCACGCAGUGUAAUCACACCAUCAUGACCAUUGGAACGUUUGGGAUUUGGGCCGCCUACCUCGCAGGUGGAGAGACCAUCUACCUGGCCAACUAUACCCUCCCAGACUCUCCCUUCCUCAAAGUCUUUAAGCCAGAGGCAGCCUUCCUGCCAGAGUGGAUUGGGAUCGCAGCAGACCUGUCCCCACUCCUCAAGCACUGAGGUUAGCUGGAACUCAGCACUGCAUUCUCCUUUUCUGGCUCCCCCAGGAUCUGUUCCAAGGUAUGAGGAGCACAUUAUCACAUGUUCCAGAACACUUCCUUCUUGUACCAUAAUGCUUCAGGCUGCAAGUAACAGAAGUCCCAACUAACUUGUUUAAAUAACACGUUCAUGUGUCUCACACAACAGGACCAGAGGUGGCACAUCUCCAGGGUUGAUUUAGCAGCUCAACAAGACCCCAGUUCUGGGACUUCCCUGGUGGCGCAGUGGUUAGGAGUCUGCCUGCCAAUGCAGGGGACACGGGUUCGAGCCCUGGUCCGGGAAAAUCCACAUGCUGCUGGAGCAGCUAAGCCAGCGCGCCACAACUACUGAGCCUGCGCUCUAGAGCCCGCGAGCCACAGCUACUGAGCCUGCGCUCUAGAGCCCGCGAGCCACAGCUACUGAAGCCCGCGCGCCUAGAGCCCGUGCUCCUCAAGAGAAGAAGCCACCGCAAUGAGAAGCCCACGCGUGACAGCAAAGAGUAGCCCCUGCUCACCGCAACCAGAGAAAGCCCGUGCACAGCAACGAAGACCUAAUGCAGCCAAAAGUAAAUAAAUAAAAUAAAUAAAUUUUUUAAAAAUAAAAAUAAGUCAAAAAAAGAAAAAAAGACUCCAGUUCUGUCCAUCAUGUUGAGCUGCCAUAAUCUCUUAAAUCACCUCCCACAUGCUCCCUGUGGUCCCAAGAAAGCUGUCACAUACUCAGGUGUCACACAGAUAUCCUUUUCCCAAGGCAGCAAAAAGAGGUUUGUUCUUAUCUUAGGUCCCUUCUGAAGAGUGUGGGAAACCUUCCAAAUCCUCCAGCAACUGGCCCCAUGUCUCACUGACCAGAAGUGUGUCACAUGCCCCCUGACCCCUUAUAAGGCAUGGUGAAUGAGACCCUGGGAUUGAUGUAGCUUCAGAUCAAUAAAUCUUUGCCCCCUGCAGCUGGGGAGUUGAUCAGCUUCCUCUGAAGGACAUGGUGGCUUGCAGUAAGAAAAUCGGGGUGCUGAAUUCCUGAAUUCCUGAUUCACAGAUUCUGCGAGCACAACACUCUGAUUGUUUUAUGCCACUAAGUUUUGGGAUGACCUGUUAGGCAGCCAUAAA